GAGGAGGAGGAGGAGGAGGAGGAGGAGGAGGAAGGCAAGAGCAGCUUCCUGAGCAUUUGGAGAGCCUUUGCAAUGCACCAACGUUACGCAGCUGAGCUGGUGCAGAAGAGGACUGGGCAGCCGGAGGAGCCCUGAAGGCAAUUCUGCUGAAGCAAAGCCAUGCUGCCUUCUUUGCCCGGUUGGUGCCACCCGCAGGAAGAGCAGCAAGCAGUGCCGAGAAGAAAGCAACCCUUCCUAAUCUUUUAGGACUCAUUGCCGUGCCUCCUUCUCCCAUUUGAUGGGGAUGCCAGCUUCAAGGUGCCGGGCAUAAAGAAGUCCAGAGGUUGGCACCACAGGAACUACAAAGCCCAGCUCUUUGCCUCUUGAUGACAGAGUGCCAACUGAGACCGACUCCUAGUGCCUUGCUCCUGAGCUCUGUAUGGUGGAGGCAACAGUUUCAUGGUGCCAAGCGUCAAGGAGUUCAGACAUUGGCGCCAUCGGGACCCAAAUCCCACUGCCUUGCCUCUGAGCUCUGGAUGAUGAUGGAGACUGAGAUGCCACCUUCACAAUGCCAGGCACAAAGAGUCCAGAGGUUGGGACUGGACCAAACAUCCCAUUGGCUUGCCUCUGAGCUCUGUAUGAUUGAGAUGCCAGUUUCACCAGCGUGGACUGAAAACCAAUGUCUUUCUUGUAUGAUCGAGGUACCAGCUUCAUGGUGCCAAGCAUAAGAGAGUCACCAAAUCCCAUUGCUUUGCCUCUGAGCUUUGGACGAAGGAGAUGCCAGUUUCGCAGAGCCGGGCAUUAUAAGCCAGUCCAGAGGAUGGCACCGGAAGGGAGCCAAACCCAGCACCUUGCCUCUGGUCCCUGUAUCACAGGGUCUCCACCUUCUUGGUUCCAGGCGUGAGAGAGUCCAAAGGUUGGCACAGCAAGCCAUGCCAAGAAGAAGGAAUCCUUACUCCUUUGCCAGGACCCAAAGACGGCUCUUGUACGAUGGAGGUACCCGUUUAACAGCGCCAGGUGUAAAGGUUGGUGCCAGAAAGGACCAAAACUCAGCAUCUCGUCUCUGAGCCUUGCAUGAUGGAGGUGCCAACUUCAUGCUGCCAGGCCUAAGGGAGUCCAGAGCGUGGUGCCAUCAGAACCAAAGUCUCAUUGCCUUGCCUCUGAGCUCUGUGUGAUGGAGAUGCCAACUUCAUUGUGCCUGGUGUAAGAGUCCAGAGGUUGGCACCAGAAGGACCACAAUCUCAUCGCCUUGCCUCUGAGCCCUGUAUGAUGGAGAUGCCAACUUCAUUGUGCCUGGUGUAAGAGUCCAGAGGUUGGCACCAGAAGGACCACAAUCUCAUCGCCUUGCCUCUGAGCCCUGUAUGAUGGAGAUGCCAACUUCAUUGUGCCUGGUGUAAGAGUCCAGAGGUUGGCACCAGAAGGACCACAAUCUCAUCGCCUUGCCUCUGAGCCCAGUAUGAUGGAGAUGCCAACUUCAUUGUGCCUGGUGUAAGAGUCCAGAGGUUGGCACCAGAAGGACCACAAUCUCAUCGCCUUGCCUCUGAGCCCUGUAUGAUGGAGAUGCCAACUUCAUUGUGCCUGGUGUAAGAGUCCAGAGGUUGGCACCAGAAGGACCACAAUCUCAUCGCCUUGCCUCUGAGCCCUGUAUGAUGGAGAUGCCAACUUCAUUGUGCCUGGUGUAAGAGUCCAGAGGUUGGCACCAGAAGGACCACAAUCUCAUCGCCUUGCCUCUGAGCCCAGUAUGAUGGAGAUGCCAACUUCAUUGUGCCUGGUGUAAGAGUCCAGAGGUUGGCACCAGAAGGACCACAAUCUUCUCGCCUUGCCUCUGAGCCCAGUAUGAUGGAGAUGCCAACUUCACGGCACCAAGCCUAAGGGAGUCCAAAGAUUAGCACGGAACAGGACCAAAUGGUGCCGGGCAUAAACAACUCUUGCUGUUGCCCAGAGGUUGGCAUCAUUGAAAGAAGGCAAACUGGGAAUGCCUGGGGCCAGCGAGGAGAUCAUCCGCCUGCGUAAGCCGCGCUUCUCCUACGAGGAGAACCAGAUCCUGAUCCAAGAGGUGCGUGCCAACUACGGCAAGCUCUACGGUACCCAGAGCCGGCGGGUGACAGUGGCCGAGCGCCGGCGGGUCUGGGAGGGCAUCACCGCCAAGAUCAACAGCAUCACCAGCUGGAAGCGGACCGGGCAGGAGGUCCAGAAGCGGUGGAAUGACUUCAAGCGGCGCACCAAGGAGAAGCUGGCACGGGUGCCCCACUCCACCCAAGGGGCCGGCACCACCGCCUCCUGCGACGAGAGCCUCUCUGCCGAGGAGGAAGCCAUCUUUGCCAUCCUGGGGCCCGGCGUGAUGCUGGGGGUGGCCAACGGCCGGGCAGAGCCUUGCCAGGAUGCAGGGCCAGGGUUUGGUGCCCACAGUUACCCCCUGGCAGCGGAGCCGGGCACAGAUAUGCCAACCGGAGGCCACCCAUCCUGCAGCCCGGAGAUGUCUGUGCAUCACUCAUCCUGCUGCGCCCUGGACGGAGGCUUUCUGCGGCCCAAGGAGCGUGAUUCACCAGUUCCCACUCCAGCCCAGUCCAUGGUCCACUUGGAACCUUCUCCGGCCAGUUUGGGUUGCAUCCGGCCGCAUCUCACAGACUCCUCCGGUGCCACCUCGUGCCCCUCCGCCUCGCCACCCCUGAGACGCCGGCGCACCCGCCUCAGCGCACCCGCCUGCGAGGCCCCCCCGGAUUUCCUACAAGCGCAGAGGGAGACCGCCGACGCCAUCCGUGAGCUGAGCUACACCUUGCGGCAAGGCCUGGAGCGGCUGACCGAAGUGGUGGCCGCCUUGCUGCCCCUGCUUCCGGCACAGACGCAGCAUCACCCAUCUCACGUCCAGGAGGAGAUCUGUAUGCCGGAGAGCCUUCCUUCUCCACCCAGAGGAACCUUUGCUGCCAAACUGGAAACAUCUUCAGAGCAGGAGGAGAACGAGGCGAGACUUCCUCUGCAAGACGUGCCCGAAACGGGGCCACCCCCAAGCAGGCUCCAGAAGCGGCGGAAAGGCAUCCCCACCCGCAAACGGAGAGGGCGCUGGAAGAACUAACUCGUGAACAUGCUGAGAAGGGGCUGAGCAUGCUAUCCUUGUGAUUGGCAUCUCAAGGACUUCUCUUACCCGCCCCCCCAACUUCAAAGAUAUCCUCAUAUGGAUAAUGCAAGUUUGAACCCUUUACAACACAUGGCCCUGCUCUCCCCGACCUUGCUUGUUGCCCAAGUUUGGGAAAGUCACUUUUGGGGCACGACAACUCCCAGGAUCUACCCUGUUUCCCCUAAAAUAAGACAUCCCCAGAAAAUAAGACCUAGUAGAGGUUUUACUGAAUUGCUAAAUAUAAGGCCUCCCCGAAAGUAAGACCUAGCAAAGUUUUUGUUUGGAAGCAUGCCCGCCAACAGAACACCAGAAAUGUACGUACCAUAAAGUGUUGUACAUGGAAAUAUUGGUAGUAACGAGAAGUUCUUGAUAGGAUUCACAGUUUGUCUGGUUAUGCUGGUUUAUUAUGACAACUACUGUACAGUAUAUAAUAAAUGUUCAUUUUUUGUUCAACAAUAAAUGUGAAUUCUUCUUCAUGGAAAAAUAAGACAUCCCCUGAAAUAAGACCUAGCACAUCUUCAGGAGCAAAAAUUAAUAUAAGACACUGUCUUAUUUUCAGGGAAACACGGUAAUCAUGAUCCCCAAAAGUGACUUUCCCAGGUUCUGGUUGCUGCUAAAAGUUUGCCGCGGCUCCACACAACUCAUUGCUCAGCAAGCGCAGCUCCCGGCUUCUUGCUUGUAGUUUUUUGAAGUUUCGGGAACCAAAAGGCUUCGAUCGCAUUCCUCUAUUGAUCUGCCACCCACACCAGGUUCUUGCAAAUUUAUAUGCAGAUCUAUAUUACCCGUAUUUAAUGCACCAUCAAAUCUAACGCGCACCCCAAUUUUUGAAACCUUGAAACCAAAAUAAUUACUUGCCUACGAAUGUAAUACGUGGCAGGAAAAGGUGCAUUCUUUCUAAUACAGCCAUUACAGUUGCUGCCUGCUUAGAAUUCCUUCUUUAAAAAAACAAAAGAGAGCAUCAAAGCUUCCACCAAUGGAAAAGAAAACCUUGGGUUGCAUCUAUGCUACAGAAUGAAUCCACUUCAACUGCCUUGGUUCAAUGCUAUGGAGUCAUGGGGGAUAUAGUUUUCAAAUAUUUUAUUUAGUUUUUAAUAAAAAUGCUGACAAUUCUAUAGA